UUUAAUGUAACGUUUGAUUAUGUUUAUUUAUUAAUAAUAGUUAAUUAAAUUAUCAAAAAUUGUAAUAAAUGGCUGGUACUCACGGGAAAGGAAAAGGUUUUUUUAGAAACUUGCUGAGUGGGAAUAAUUUUAGGCCUACCCUGCUCAGAGUAUAAUUUUUAGAAACUAUUGUCCGGGGGCCCGACGGGAGAUUCGCACGUGCCGGCCCUAGUUCUUCAGGCACAUCUAAGUGUGCCGGACAUAGUCUUGUUGAUAAUGAGCUGCCAAGGGGGAGCAUGCGCUCACAGUCUGCUGGAACGGACUGGUUUGUCACAUCGCCCCACCCCGGGGGCCCCACAGAUACGCGCUUGAUACCCAACUAUGGCGGGCACAAAGCUAAAGUUAUUUUUGACGGCUCUGAGCGUACGCCUCCGGUUCUGGAAUGCCGUAGUAGAAAGAAGCCGUUGGAGGCGAUCAUCGGACUGCGGGAUAUGACCGAUGCGCUUUACGAUGUCUUACCUGCUAUUCCCCUCGGCCGGCUACCAUACAUUAUGUACCAGCACAUCGACUGUGCUUUGAUAUCGGCCUUCGUGGAGAGGUGGCAGUCAGAUACGAACACCUUCCACAUGCCAUAGGGGGAGAUGACGAUUAUGUUGCACGACGUGCAACGCAUAUUGGGCAUAGGUAUUGAAGGUUCUCUACCUACUGAGCCUUCUGAGGGGGAGUGGCAGGUCGGUAUUACUAAUCUGUUUGGGGAGCCCAUGUCCGAGCUACGACGGAAAGGGAUAUUCACCAGCGAUUGUGUCAAUGUUGCUAAAGUGAUGCAGUUGUGUCAUCGGUCCCAAGCUAUGGAGACCCAGUCGAUAGCCUACUACAUGGCUAUUGUCGACUCUACCCUGCUGACAGAUAAGACUAAAACUGGCAUGCGACCUCACCCGAUACUUGCCAUCAACGUCGAUCAGGAUAAGAUCGCCUGGGGUGCGGUGACGCUGGCCUACAUCUAUCGCCAACUGGGAAUGGCAUCUAGGGCUGGUUGCAAGACCAUUGCGGGUUACCUCACAUUACUCUAGGUCGUGAGAUCUACAGGUUGAGGGACUACAGAAGUAUACUGGACUGCAUGACGGAGACUCAGGUAUUGUACAUCACAUCACACUUUUUAUGCAGGUUAUUUUAAUUUUAGAUUAUUUUUAUAUGUUAACUUGGCUUGUAUGCAAGUGGAAUGGACUUCGUACAUGUCUUCUCCAAGGGCAUUGCUGAAUGAGCACCCACGCACUACCUUCAUCGGGGGUAUCACUUGCUUUGAUAUUGUCGAUGUGUAUUUUCCGGAGAGGACAGUGCGAUAGGUCGGCUUUGUGCAGGCUAUUUCCCCUCCUCUGAGACCAGCCCAGGCGGUACGACUGGCACACGGUACCUACUCCGUGACCUUUGCUUCUCCACCUGUGUACUUGGAGGCAUGGAGUAGGUUCUCGUAUAGUGCCCGUCUUGGUGAUUAGGCACUUCGUCGGACAUCUGUUCCAUCAGAGGCUGAUCCUAGUUACGUUGACUGGUUCAGAGUGUGCACCUACCCAUACGUCGUCCCCGGCGAAGACCGAGUGCCGGUUUUGGUCCAGCUGAAAGCAGAUUGGAAUACUUUUUGAAUGAAUGGCCGAGUCGAGUCGCUCCAUUGGCGAGAUUACCUGCUGUUGUGGAAAUGACUCCUCGGGAAAGACAUGCUUUAGAUGUAUACCUUGCUGAUGUUAAAGGUUUAUUUGCUAAAUGGCAGCUUAAGGGGCAUGGCCCUUUAUAGUCUGUAUUUAAUCUAAUUUACAUUAAUGCUUUUAUUUAUUUACAUCAACGCUUUUUACAUUAAAUUUAAUUCAUGUUUACAUCAAUGCUUUUAUUAAUU